AUGCGCAAAAAGAAGGGAAAAAGGGAAAGAGAGAGCCUACUAGAGGACCUUAAACACAUGGAAGACAAAAAUAAACUCAACCCCUCAAUAAAAUUAACUAAACGAAUCAAUAGAAUAAACUCUAAACUACACGCGCUUUCCCUAACCACUAUGGAAAGACAAAUGCAUAAGCUCAACCUAACUCAUUAUAUGCAAGGUAACAAAGCUGGCAAAAUACUAGCACGCCGGUUAAAAACACAAUACCUACAGUCCAAAUUACCUUAUAUGACAUCACUUAAUAAAACAAAACUAAACAAUCCCCAAGACAAGUGGAAGAACUGGCCACCUACUACGACAAACUUUACAACUUACACCAAGCUAAUGACACCCACCAACCUUCCAAGCAUGAAAUCCUUGAUUUCCUACGGGAAGAAGACCUACCCCUACUAA